GUUCCCUCGUAUCCUAACGGCAUCAAACAAUUCACCGAACUCCAGCAUCAACUUUUGCAGGUAGUCCUGAGAUGGAAAAGUCCUUCAUUCGCUUAUUGAGUAACUAACGAGGGAGUGGACAGCUGAAAAUAGGCUAGAAGCUUAGCUAACUUGACAACUUUACCCCUCUCAAGAUCUGCUUGAGAAUGGGAUGCUCUCUAGAAUCAGCGAAAAUUCACUGAUUCCCAGCUAUAAGUAUACCACUGGAGAAACCAGUGCAUAUACCCUGGAAAUCAGCGAAAUAUCAGUGAAAAGUUACUGAACCGUCAGAGCAUAAGCACUGAUUCUUCCAGUAGUAUACCAAACAGCUGGGUAUCAGUGAAUUUUCGUUGAUACAAGUUAAGUAAGUGGGAUGCUGUGGUUGCAUCAUAUUAUCAAGGUACUGGUCGUCAUUUAUUGGUUCGCUCGUGAUGUCGCACACAAUCACGUGACGAUUCAUUCAAUCACGUGACGAUUCAUUCGUUCUAAUGAAACAACUCACCUAUCGGAAGGCUUGUGAUUAGUGAAAGGCGCAUUCCGAAAGAGUUGGCGAGCUGUUCAACAUGAAAAAGAGUAUCAUAUUUGUCUUCCUGGUCCUAACGCACAGAUUGUCAACGCAAGAUGACGAAGAUGUGUAUUUAAAAUUUCCGACUGGAUUGAAAAUCGGCGUCGGCGGAGCAGCCUACCAAAUCGAAGGAGCUUGGAAUAUCAGCAACAAGGGUGAGAGCGUCUGGGACAAUUUUGUGCACAACAGGCCAUGGAAGAUCAAGGAUCAGAGUAACGGCGACACAGCCUCCAACUCCUAUCACAAAUACAAGGACGAUGUGAAAAUGGUCAAGAGGCUGGGACUCGACUAUUACCGACUCUCGAUAAGUUGGGCUCGCGUACUCCCCAAUGGAUCAGCAGACUCGAUCAACCAAGAAGGUAUUCAGUACUAUCAAAAUUUGAUUGAUGAGCUAGUAGCCAACGGCAUAGAACCUAUCGUGACCAUGUACCAUUGGGACCAUCCCCAAGUUCUGGAGGAUAUGGGAGGUUGGAUGAACGAGUCGAUGGCGACGUGGUUCGCGGAGUACGCGGAAGUACUCUACAGAGAACUGGGACCAAAGGUCAAGACUUUUCUGACCAUCAACGAGCCGCAAAUCCUCUGUUUCCAGGGAUACGGCAGCGGCAUUAUCGCGCCAGGCAGAGAUUUGGGCACUGCCGGAACGUAUACGUGCGGGCAUAACAUGUUGAAGGCUCACGCAAAGGCGUAUCGUUUGUACGAUGAGAAGUAUCGCUCUAUCCAAAACGGAAAGCUUGGCAUUGUCUCCCAUUGCGAUGGAUACUUGCCUGAGACUGAAGGUGAAACGUUACCCUUGGAAUUAGCUUACCAAUUCAGAUGCGGCUGGAUAUCUCACCCUAUAUUCGUUGGCGAUUAUCAUCAGGUAAUGAAGAGUAGGGUGGCCCAAUUGAGCAGGGAUGAAGGCUUGUCGGAAUCUCGACUUCCACAAUUUUCCCCCGAAUGGAUACGAUACAUAAAGGGCACAGCGGAUUUCUUUGGUCUCAAUCACUACACGUCAUUCCUUGUGGGGUUUCCAACAACUACAAAACAAAAUGGUUCGUUUGUGCUUCACGAUUCGGGCCUAUUAGUAAGAAGUGAUCCGAGAUGGGAGGCUGGAUCGUUGAAAUGGAUUCAUAUUAUUCCAGAGGGCUUCAGCUCGUUGCUGCGAAAAAUUAAAAGCGAGUAUAACAAUCCACCUGUAUACAUUACGGAAAAUGGAUUUUCGGACAAUAAUAAAGUGCAGGAUUACCAACGAAUAAAGUAUCACUACUUGUACUUAAAGGAGCUCUUACAAGCCGUAAAACGUGACGGUUGUAACGUUCAGAGAUACACGUUCUGGAGUUUAUUGGACAAUUUUGAAUGGAGUAGUGGUUACCAGCACACCUUCGGGCUUAUUAACGUUAAUAUGACCAGUCCAGGGCGCGAGAGAACCCCGAAGCUUUCGUUCACCUGGCUGCAAAACGUGAUGCGUAUGAGACAACUGCAGCUGCCAAUUCCGUCGCCCUCCGUCAACACGACGACGAAUCAUCAAUGAAUAUGGUUUCGCAGCGCAAGAAAAAAUACUGGAUGAUUCACUAAAUACUGCCUUACAUCUUUAAUUAAGAAUCCCGCGGAAAAAAAUUUGAAGACGUGAUUAAAUAAAAAAACUAACGAUCGUAUUGGAUUGCGCUUAUGAAAUAAAUACAACGCUUCAAAUCCUAAGGGAAUAAUA